AUGCUGCCCAGCGCUGGUGUCUAUUACUUCCCAUGGGAGAUCAACAGCUCAGUCCCAGAGGGGGAGGCGCUGAGGACAUUUGGCAGGUUAUGCCGUUACGACCUGGCCCGGUCCGAAGCUGUUCUCACCGCUCAGCACAGCUCAGCUCAGUAUCGGGUCUGCAUCGACACCAAGUUUGUGGAGCCGUUCCAAGCCCAGCUGGGAUCUCGCUACAUGGUUCUGGGAGAGGCUGAACACAGGGAAG